GACUGGGAUGAUUCGAAGACUUUGGGCGGUAGGAGGAGGGACCUCGCUUUACCUCAAUCCUCAAGGGACUGCUUCAAAACCGGACUUUGAUUAGAAAAAUCAUGGCUGAAUGGGAUGACGUGGAGAGAGAGGGAGAACCAAUGGGAAUGGGCUUUGUUGGAGGGUGCGUUGCUAGGGGCCGGGGUUCCGGGAGCGAGUGGAAGUUCAGUGACGGAGCGGGAGACAGGAGCGGCUGCUAGCUCCAUAGCAACGGCGCCCAAAGAUGUCCUAUUACAGCGUCAGGUCUGUAUUCCUUGGACUUACAUUAGUGGAGGUGGGAGCCAUAUUGAGGGAAUGUCCAGGUGUCCUUGAGGAUGAAAAUAUCAGCCUCCGACAGCAGAAACUGGAGAAACAGCGUGCAUUACUGGAACAGAAGCAGAGGAAGAAACGACAGGAACUUCUCAUGGUUCAGCCUAACCUUGAAGCCAAGCCACGGAGGCUGAAGCCAAAGCGAUGCGAGGAACAAUCACCAUUAGUAGAAUCCCGCAACAACAUCACCAGCAACAGAAUGUUAGACGCUGAAGGAGAUAGAAAGAAAUCUGACGAGGCGCAACCUCCUGAGAAAUCUUUACGACCAGAGAAGCUGAAACUCUUGCGAGAAGGUAACAAAUUGGACAGAGACAUCGAAAGGGACAAAGGCGAGCCAGCAGAAGGAGAUAGAAAAAAAACUACUGAGGUACAGCUUCCUGAAAAAUCUUUACAGCCAGACAUACUAAAAAGCGUGCGAGAAAAUAGCAAAUUGGACGGAGACAUCGGAAGGGAUAAAGCCAAGCCAGGUAUUGAUGGGCCAGGGGCCUUCAUAAGCAAUGAGGUACAGGAAGUUAACACCAAAAUCCAAAUCCUUUCAGUUGGACAAUCAGUGACAGCUAGUGAUGAAGUUGAAGCACCUGUGGACUCUGCAUCAAAACCAGACAUUCAAGAAGUAAUGGAACAAAGGGGAAUCUCUGGAAGCAUGAACUUUGAAGAAGCUGAUGAGGAGAAUGACAAUACUUCAAGCUCACAGAGUUACGAAAAUGUAAGGCCCUUGUCUGCCACCAGCAAGCAAUCAAACAAAGAACCAGCAGCUGCGUCGCUUCCUUCUCCUGGAUCCGGCUUAAGUUUGAUUGAGAUAGACAGUUUGGAGGAAUUUGCAUUGAGACCUGCCCCUCGAGGAACAACCAUCAAAUGUAGGAUCACCCGGGACAAGAAAGGAAUGGACCGUGGCCUCUAUCCAACCUAUUUUAUGCAUCUUGAACGAGACGAUGGAAAAAGGCUGUUUUUGUUAGCUGGAAGAAAAAGGAAAAAGAGCAAAACUUCUAAUUAUCUGAUAUCCGUUGAUGCGACAGACUUGUCACGAGAAGCUGACAGCUACGUAGGAAAAUUAAGGUCAAAUUUAAUGGGAACUAAAUUUACGAUCUAUGAUAACGGAGUAAAUCCUGCAAAAGCAGUUGGAUUGCUCGAUGAAGCCAAUACUAGACAGGAGUUAGCUGCAAUUUGCUAUGAGACCAAUGUCCUUGGCUUUAAAGGGCCACGAAAAAUGACUGUUGUCAUUCCAGGAAUGAGCAUGAGUCAUGAACGAGUGCCCAUUAGACCUCGCAAUGAGCACGAAAGUUUGCUAUUAAUGUGGCAGAACAGAAAUAUGGAAAACCUAAUUGAGCUGCACAACAAGGUGCCUGUUUGGAAUGAUGACACACAGUCUUAUGUGCUGAAUUUCCACGGAAGAGUCACACAGGCAUCUGUCAAGAACUUUCAAAUUGUUCACGACAAUGAUCCUGACUACAUUGUAAUGCAGUUUGGACGAGUGGCAGAAGAUGUUUUCACAAUGGACUACAAUUAUCCAAUGUGUGCACUGCAGGCUUUCGCAAUAGGAUUGUCCAGUUUUGACAGUAAAUUGGCAUGUGAAUGAGGAUAACAGUGGGUGCAGGCCUCCACUUUUUUUAAGAAGACGAAAACAAAAGGGACAUAUUUAUUGCACUGUGAUAGUUUUGUGGUAAUCAUGCAAACAGAUCUACUAUGGAAUUGAUUGAAAUCAAAAAUGGAAACAAAAAAAGGAAAUAAAAAUUCUCCAAAUGUCAGAAAUAGAUUCCCAAGUGGCCUAGCAAUCAUGGCAGGCCGAUCAUGCUUUUAAUGGACCAUAUUUUACACUGUUGUACUUGAAUAAGAUAUUCUGCCAAAUUGCAGUAUGCAUCUAGUAAUCACUGUUCACAUUUGCCCAUUGAGACAAAAGGAGAACGAUACAAAACAAGGAUGCAAACUAAAUAUGUAGAACAAGAAGAGCUGCCUGCUUAAAUUACGUCACAAAUGAAAUAAUGACAAGUUUGAAACCUUGUACAAUUUUAAUUUACAUAAUGUUGUGUUUUCUCUUUUUCUCGUCAUCCCUCCUUUUUGGAGGCAUUGACUUAUGCUAGGGCAGAGUUCCAAAGAUUGGAGUGGCCCCUUUUCAAUUUGCCAUUUUUCAUGUUGCACCUAGAUAGUAAAUGUUAAUAAAUUGAGUCAAGCUAACUUAGUCCUUAUCCAAUGUCCACAGAAAAGCACUUCCAGCAGUGUUGCUGGGUGGUCAGCAGGUCAAGGAGUCUUAGCUGGCAGCAACCGUAGAGCUCCCACUGGUGCAUUAGCUGAGAUCAGCUAUGCUAACAGAGUCCAGUGUUCUCUUUCUUUGCAUCUGAGCGCUUUGGGAUUAUUUCCAUUACAAAUGCACUAUAGCAAUGCAAGUUGUUGUUGAACUGAUGAUAUAUGGCUGUGGCACAAGGGGCAGUGCAUUUCCUCACUGAGACAUAGAACUAGCUACACAGAACAUGAUUAUUUAGAUACAUUUUGACCCUGGACUUUCAAAUAAAGAGGGCAUGGUCAAUAAAUUUGAGGUUUAAAGAGCUAUAACUUCAUGAAGGAUGAUUAGUGAUUCAGAAUGUUUAAUAUUAGAUAGAAGUACAUGAAUUCAAUAUCCCAUUCUUUUAAAGUUUAAAAUAUUAAUUUAUGGAAGAGACCCAGAUUGCCAGGUAAUCCUAAAUAUCAUUUCUAUACUCAUAUUUUAAAUUAAUUCCUUCUUUAUUGUUUUAUCUUUCAAAACUACUGAUCAGAGGAUAUCAGGACAGGGACAUUUUGUUUGGAGACCUAAAUUGACAUGAAAUUCUUCUUCUGGGACAUUGUAUACUAUGCACAGUGAGAGACACACUCCAUUCUCAUAACAGAGCUUUAUGGUAUCUCCAGAAUAUCUCUGCUUCAUUGCCUCUGACCAACAGUUGUCAACACACAGCACAGGACCAAGGAAGUAUUUAGAGAUAUUUCCCCAAGAGUUGACAUUCAACCAUCACACAAAAGGAAAUAAAGCUGAUUCCAGUUCAAUUCAUGUAUCUAAAUCAUGGCACCUGUUAUGCGUUAUUGUCUGUUUUGUUACCUUCACGCCAGCUUAAAAAUAAACUCACUCAUAUAAACUGAAAGGAGUGUGUUUCAAGGGCAAAACAUAUCUUAAUAGUUAUGUGACGUUAAUGAACUACCACUCUGAUCUCAUUAUAUAAUGUGAGUUCCUGUAUUCCUGCGUUGAAACACAUUCUUGCCUGUGUUUUGCCCUUCUGUAAUGAACUCCAGCCUAAGUGUUCUUGUUGUAACACGCUCCAACUUGUGUGUUUUCUUUUAUGGCAUGCUUCAUGCUGUGUUGUUAUCCCGAUGAUUUGCUACAACCAAUGUAUUUUUCCUAAAUGAUGAGCUCCAAUGUGUGUGUUUGUGAUAUAAUCUUCUUCAGCCUGUGUUCUCACCAUGACAUGCUUCCAGUUUAUGUUGUUUCUCUGAUACAUUCCAACCUGUCUUUCUUCUAACAUACUUUAGUCUGUGUGUCAUCACUAGAUGGCACAUUCCAGCAUGUGUAUUCUUAAUUUACAUAAUUUAGGAUUUUGUGGCAAUUAAACAAAAUGCAGUUCUCUACAUCUGAUACAUGCAGGAUUUUGUUUUUUUUUUAAAUCCUGGUAAUUUCUAUAAAUAUUUAAGCUUUGAUUCUUAGCCAAAUAGCUGCAGUAAAAUGCCUAAACCUAUUUUGCCACAAUGAUGGAUAAUUUUUAUUGCCUUUAUGAUAUCUACAUCACAUCCAUACUUGCACACUUCAAUAUGCCAGCUGCGAUGGUAGUUUACAGUGCUUUGUGUCUGUAUCAAAGAAAAAGCCAUCCUGUGAUGUUCUGAUGUACACCGACUAUGGAAAAUGUCAUUGAUAAACUAAGCAAAAGCCAA